GCCGUGGCAGUCUUCAACGAGAGCUCUCCCCGAGGCGAGCUAUCCACUGAUCAACUAAUGCCGCGUUAACGUGUCGGCAAAAUCAUACAUAUACUACCGUUUUGUGAUUUUGAUAUCAAGUGAAUUAUUAUAAAUAAUUAUGACAAAAAAAAUAUAUUUAUAUAUUUACAAUAAUAGAUAAAUUUAAAGAAAAAAAAAAAAAAAUCAGAUACUUGUGUGUUGGCCGCACGAGCGAGACGGUUUUGCGGUUCGUGGCCCUGUUAGAGGGUUUCGCUAGGUGGUGGUCUCCCACCUCCCUCUGUACCCUGUCCAACAAAACCACCACAUCGGUCAAUCGUCAAUCCUCAAGCACCCUCUACCCUUUAAAACUCUGCUCCUUCUAGUAUCAUCGAGUGAAGUGACGAAAUAAAAAAAAAAUAAAAAUAAACGUGGGUGAAUAGUCCAUAAAACUAUUAUUAUUAAUCAUAAACAGUGUUGUUUUUAUUUAAAAAUUGUUAGUGUUUUUUUUUUUUGUUGUUAUUAUUAUUAAUUGAUUAUAGAUUGAAAAAUAUCAUAUAAAAAGGAUAAUAUAAAAGAGACAUAUAUAUUUGGGGCCAGUUUGAGGCCCAAGUUGUUGCGGUGAUGCCUCGUAGAUCAGUGGAGGAGUCAGUAGGCAAGGAAGCCGACGGAUAUCGAAAACGCUGACGAGAAAAGUACCCGCUGGGCCCGCACCAGGCCAUGAUCGGCCCCCCAGGCCAUCGGGCACGGACCCAUCAGUGUCGAGGCCAUUAUCAACGGACCCAGCAGGCUGAUUCGUCAUAUAAAAAAUCACGAAUCAUAAGCAUUGAUUGUGAAAAUAUAUUAUCAGCAUGUCGACACUAUUAUCAUAUAUUUACUGACUACAACACAAGGUGGAGUGGGCCUUAUGCCAAUUGUCAAAAUUCAAAAAAACAUACAACAACAACAACGAGACAAAUUUUUAUAUUUUUCAUCACUGCUGUCAUUUUUAUCGCCAUUAAUAGUUCUCCAGUAAUGGGAGCGACAAGUGACAGUAGACAGGAAGAAACAUCGUCAAGUGUAACAUUGUCAUUGAUGACAUCAUCAGUGACGGAAAAACCAAUAAUAAAUAAAAUAAAAAUACCACCAGAUCUUGGUGGUAGCAUUGACCUCUUGGCUGCCUUGCAAUUGCACAAUACGACGUAUCAGGGUGUUAAACAAGUCCCUGGUCUCGUCAGACUGAAACCAGCGUAUUAUCUUCAAGGUGAUGAAAGAAAUCUUCAAUUAAAUCAAGUAGGUUUUGAGCAUGCUGCUGAAAUUAUCCGGCGGGUACCGGAAUUUACAAUUGCCGCAGCUUUAAAACAAGAAGAAACAAAUUCCGGAACAAUUGUUGCCUUCUCCCAUGGUAAUAAUAGGUAUUUGGAGUUACAAAGUAGUGGACGUAAAGAUGAAUUACGUUUACAUUAUGUAUCUCGACAUGAUGGUACUGUUCAUGUUGAGGCAUUUCCAUUUCGUCUUGCUGAUGGUGCUUGGCACAGGGUAGCAUUGAGUAUCAGUGGCUCGCAGGUCGAGCUACUUGUCGAUUGUCAUCCCUUGUAUAGACGUUUAUUAAAACCUGGUCCACCUGAUACUAAUUUUACUCUACCACAAUUACAACUCUGGAUUGGCCAGAGAAAUGCCAAGCACUUUUUAUUCAAGGGUGCACUUCAGGAUGUCAAGCUUAUUCCAGGGCCACAUGGAUAUUUGUCACAGUGUCCACAGCUUGAUACAUCCUGUCCAACAUGCGGACAAUUUUCCAUAUUACAAAAUACUGUUGAACAACUAAUGCACAAUCUCAAUGAAUUGACACGCAGGCUAGCUGUUGCAGAGGGUAGAAUAAGCAAAGUUGAAGAAUGUGAAUGUCAAAAAUCAUGUCGUAUUAAUGGUACUGUUCAUGAAGAUGGUGCAACAUGGGAAAAAGGAUGUCAACAGUGUUCAUGUGUACAUGGUAAUAUUAAAUGUAGACCAACACCAUGUGCACCAGUUACAUGUAAACAUCCUGUUACCAAAGAAGGAUCAUGUUGUCCUGUUUGUUUAAAACAAUGUUUUUUGCAUGGUGUUAUUCAUGAUCAUGGUGUUAAAGUAUCACCAACACAAUGUGUUGAGUGUAAUUGCAAUGAUGGAAUAUUUAAUUGUGUUAGAUUUGAUUCUGAAACACGUUGUCCAGAAUUACCAUGUCCACCAAGUGAACAAAUAAGUGUUGCUGAAGAAUGUUGUAAAUUUUGUCCAGGGGUGGAUUACUGCGCAAAAGGACACAAAUGUCAUACAAAUGCAUCCUGCCUAAAUCUACAAACAACUUAUGCCUGCCAUUGUAAUAUUGGCUUUCAAGGGGAUGGUCAUAAUUGUCACGAUGUUGAUGAGUGUAAACAACAAGGUGGAUCAAAUGGUCAUCAUUGCAAUGCAAAUACAAAAUGUGUUAAUGUACUUGGUUCAUAUGUAUGUGAUUGUCUUCCUGGUUAUCACAGACUUGAUAAAUUUAAUUGUGCUGAAUUAAAUGAAUGUACGACCGGUCGUCAUUCAUGCUCAGAACAUGCAACUUGUGUUAAUACACCUGGUAGUUAUUACUGUCUUUGUAAUAAUGGCUACACUGGUGAUGGAACAAUUUGUGAACCUGUUUGUAAUCAAACUUGUCAAAAUGGUGGUGAAUGUGUUGCACCAGGUAAAUGCUCAUGUCGUCGUGGUUACAUUGGUAAUAGUUGUGAGCUUGAUUUAGAUGAAUGUGCAAGUGAUUUACAUAGAUGUCAUCAUUCAUCAACUUGUUUUAAUAUGCCAGGAUGGUAUUAUUGUCGUUGUAAACCAGGAUAUAGAAGUGCAUUACAUGACAGUACACAAGGUACUCAAUGUUUGGAUAUUGAUGAGUGUAAUGAUCAAACAAUUGAAAGAAAACAUACUUGUCAUCCAACAGCAACAUGUAUUAAUAAUGAUGGUGGAUAUGAGUGCUCAUGUUCAAGUAAUAUUGAUACACAUAUUGAUAAUAAUAAUAAUAAUGAAGAGUGUAGAUUAAGCUGUUGGUAUGAUAAUAGAGAAAUUCAAAAUGGUGAUAUAUUUUCAUCAAUUGUUAAUCCAUGCAAAAGAUGUGAAUGUCGAAAUGGUGUUAUAACAUGCAGUGAUCCAGUGUGUGAUUGUAAUUUAAUUGAAAGUCAAAAAGACAAAUGUUGUCCACAGUGUGAUCCAGCUGCAUCAUGUCGUCAUCAAGAACUUCAUCAUCUUUUAUUUAAAAGUGGUGAACGUUGGAUAUAUCAAUGUCAAACAUGUGAAUGUUUGUAUGGAGAAAUUGAUUGUUGGCAAAUGGAAUGUCCACCAGUAACAUGUAUGAAUCCAGUUACUGAAGAUGGUGAUUGUUGUCCAAGAUGUGAAGAUGAUCCUUGUGCACGUGAUAGUAAUGUUAAUACAACAACAAUUAUGAUUAAUAGUCAUGUUGAUCCAAGACCAUGCAGUUAUGCUGGUAUUGUUCAUGACAGUGGUAGCUCUUGGCAAGAUCCACAUGAUAAAUGCACCACGUGCGAGUGCAAGGUGCCGUACUGCGCCCAAUUGGACGGUCAAUUAUGCUGCAGCUAUGAUUAUGGCUGUGCUGGCGAUUUGGAUAGCGAGCGACGCAUCAUUUCUCAUAACUAUGAUACAAUCACUAUCAGAAAUAGCAAGAAGUCUACAUACACGGAUUUCACUACAUCGAAAACAACAGUAUCAACGAUCCGAUACAAUGAUAAAUCAUCAACAAUUAGUAUUGAUGAUUACGAUAAACAAUCAAUGCAAUUAUCAACAUCAUCAACAUCAUCAACUUCAUCAACUUCAUCAUCAUCACCGUCAUUAUCAGUAUCAUCAAAACCAUUACAAUCAUCUUCCGAAAUUGAUAAAAAAAACAAUAUUGCCAAUAACAUUAUCACCUUCCCAAAAAAUCAGCCAAUACAUCGUAAACUCAUGUCAACAGUUGACAAACGUCCAGGCAUAGCUGGUAGACCAGGCUGAAAUAAUUCAUCGACCCAGACACGUCCAUAUAUAGACGUGCCAAAUUGACGAAUCAGAAUAAUAAUUUAUUUCGUGAUUGCCUGGGUCAAGAGUCGUUCCAACUGGUAUUGUCAUUGAAUGUGAACGCCAACCAGAUUCAGAAAAAAAAUUUACUUUUAAAGUACAAUUUUUUAUUUUUUUUUUCAUUUCAUUUGUUGUUUUUUCUUUUUUUUCUCUUUGACAAAUAAAUAAUAGUAAUAAUGAAUAAUAGUAAUAAAAAUAUUAAUAAUAAUAAAUCAAUAAAUUAAAAAUUAAUUAACAAAAAGAAAAAUUAUAUAACACAGGGCUUAAAAAAAAGAAAUGAAAAUAUGAAAAAGUAUCGCGUUUUUACCUCAAUUAUAGUCAAGUCAACGUGUUACAAACAUUUUCACGACUUAAAAAAAAAUAUAUAUAUUCAUUUUAUUAUAAAAAAAAAAAAUAAUAGAAACUUUUUAAAAUAAAUAAUAUACAGAAAUGUUUUUUUUUUUUCUUUUAUUCUGUUUAUUUUUUUAUAUUUAAUUAAAUAUUUUUUAGUUUUUUUUUUUUUAAAUUAAUGUUGCAAUUUUUAACUGGCCGAUGAACCCGGCAAUGAGAAUAAACAAAAUGAUAAUUAAUAUGAAAUAAUAAUGAAUAAUAAUAAAAACGAAAAAAUAAUAAUAAUAAAAAUUAAUUUUAAAUAAAAAUCACUACAUUCCUUUUAAAAACUAACAAUAAGUAGGCACUAAUGAGAAAAACACGUAUGAUCAUAGUGAAGCUAAUGGAACAAUAAUUUUUUUUCGACUGGUGAAAUAAAGUUAAUAAUAAAAAUCAUAAUUAAAACAUUCAUAAACAUCAAGUCAAUGAAACAUUUUACAUUAAUAAUGAAACAUAGAAAAUAAAAUUAAUGUUAAUAAUAUUUUUUUUUUUAAAUUUGUCACUGAUAAUUGAGAUAAAACGAAAAAUUAUAUAUUAAAAAUAAAGCUCAUUAAUUUCCAUGUGCACUAAAACAUUUCCAACAUCGAAUAAUUCAUUCUGACAUUCUCAAAAAUCACCAUUUAAAAAUUAUUAAAUUUUUUCAAAAAUAAACAAUAAUUAAAAAAUUUUUAUUGAUAUUAUGAAAACAACAAAUAAACUGCUUGUUAUACAAAGACAAAAAAAAAAAAUAAAAAGUAAUAAAUAAUGUGUGAAAUAAAAAAAAUAAUAAAAAAGAAAAAAAAUUUAAAAAAUUUAAAAGAAAAAAAAAUAUAUAAUUAUUAUUAAUAAUUGCGAUAUACGAUACGCACCAGAGAAUUAUUGAUAACCAUUUGUUCAAUGUGCAAUAAUUUAAAAUGGUAAAAAUACACAGCUUAAUUUGUAACUGAUGGCGAGACUGGAGACAAUGUGAAUUUGAUAAAUAAUUAUAAAUGAAUAUUGCGAGAAAGGAUGAUUAAAUAAUAAUAUUAAUAAUAAUAAUCAUAAUAAUAAUAUUAUUGAGUUAAUUUAUGAUGAGGAGAGAUUGGAAUGAUUUGACUCAGGGUCAAGGUGAAAUGUGAGGCUAAUUUGAUCAAUUGUAAUAUGAUAAGUCUCUUCUUUUAAAAAUUUAAAUUUCUAGUCAUUUUUCGAUUUUAUUCGAUGAGCCAUUUCGUUUGCAUUUUAAUUGUCAAAUAAAAUAAUUUCUUUAUAUUAUGAAAAUUAUUUUUAAAACAUUGCUAAAUAUUAAUUUAAAAGCAUGAUUUUUUUAAAAAUUUUUUUCUUUAUUUUCGUUUCGAUAAAUUAUAAUGAUAAUGUGUACAAAUGAAAUUGUUUUUUAAAAAUUUUUUUUCUUUUUCAUAGAUAUUUGUUUUAAAUAUAAUUUUACAAUAUAUAAAAUAAUUAUUAUAAAUAAAAAAAAUUUAAAAAAAAAAACAAUUUAACUAACGAGAUUAUUUUUGUCUAACAAAAAAAUUUAAUUAAAAUAUUACUGAAGCCCCCUGUUCAAGUUAACGUUUUAAAUAAUUGAAUUCAAAUAAUAAAAUACAAAUAAAAUUGAAAAAAUAGAAAUAAUAAUUAAUAAAAAUAAUAAACAGUUGUAAAAAUAAUAUUGUUCCUCGAAUAAUAAUAAUAAUAAUAAUUAAAAAAAAAUAAAUAAAUAUCUAAGAAACAAGAUAUAAUUAUGAAAUUUAAAUAUUUAAAAAUAAACUUUCAAAAAAUGAAUAAAGAGAAGAUAAAAGUAAUUCAAAUAAUUUUUUUUUUUUUGCAUAAUAAUAAUGUUGCUCUAAUGUAUAUAUAAAAAAUCAUAAAGUUGGUAAUUUUCUUACUAAAUAAUUUAGGCUGAAAAGAACGCGUGAAUAAAAAAAAAAAUCAAUCAUAAUAUAUUAACAGAAAUUUACGAUUGAUACUUGAAAGAAAAAAUCAUAAAAAAUUUAAUUCCAACGGGUAAUUAAAUUUUUAUUUAUGCGCUAUACUUGGCACAAGAUAAAAAAAAAAUAUUAAUAAUUUGAUAGCAGCUAUUAUCUAAUUAGAUGUACAGCCUGUCUGCAGGAAAGCUCGCUGCUAAUAAGUAAAACCGAAAUCGACGAGAAAUUCAAAAUUGAAAAUCAAUAAAAAUAGCUAAAAUUUUUCAUCGAAAUAAUAAUAAAUAAGUUAUCUAGGUAGGUAGAUAGAUAGGUAUGUAAUAAUAAAGCUACUUAAUAGAUUUAACAGUCUUGUAAUAAUAAUAUUGAAAAUAUAAUUGUUAAUAUUACAAAAAAUUUAAAUAAAAAAAAAUCAAACUCACGAGAAAAUUAUAUAUCUCCAAGAUAAUAAUUAAAAAAACAACGUAUAAAUAAUAUGAGCUUUUCAAUAAUCCAGUUUAAAAUUAAUAACAAAAUUCAUAGAAAAAAAAAAACUCUAUAAAUUGAUUUUAAAUAAAUUUUUUCAAAAAUAUAAAUUUUUAAAUAAAUCGCCUUAUUGGAAAUCUUUUUAAUUAAACAAAAAAAAAAAUUAAUAAAAUCAUUCAAUAAAUAAUUAUAUAAAUAAAUAAAAUAAAUAAAUUUUCAUUUGUUCUUUUAGAUACUGUUGAUUAAAAAAAAAAAAAUCUAAUUUACAAAAUUUUAAUAUAGUAUUGAGUAGAAUAAAAUCAGAAACAAAAAAGUGUAUACAAUAAAAUAAGCCUAAAAAACUGCAAUGAAAUAAUAAUAAAAUAAUAAUAAUAAUUCUUUACAAAAAAAAAAAAAAUUAUAUAAAUAAUUAAAUAAAUGCUUUUCACGUUUCUUGUACGAUCGAAUGUUUAAAAAAAAAAAAAUAUGUAGACGGGUGCGUUUAAUUACCAUACCUUGAUUAGCUUAUGGAAAAAAAAUAAAAAAAAAUUAACAUAAGAGGCGAUAAGUUUCUAGUCAAAAAGAGGAAAAAAAAAAAAAAAAUUUAACUCGUCUUUUCCGGGGGAAAAAAAUCAACAACAAACGUAUGAAUUUUUCGAGCUUUAAAAGCAAAAAAGCAGACAGGUAAAUUAAAAAAAGAAUAAAAAAAAAAAA